AGUGUUGAAUUUUAAUUUUGUUUAAAAAUUUUCUAAUAAAUUUUCUAAUUUUGUAAUUACACAAAAUAUAAAUUGUUUAAACUCAAAGACAAAAUAUAUUUUAAGUUUUCUUGACCGUUUAAACAUAGUUCAUCUAAAAAUUACAAACUGAUUUGUGCAGUUACUUUUGUUCUACUUCUCACAGAAAUACCGGGCAGAGUGCUGAGUCGUGUUUUAUUUAUUUAGCGAAGUGAUAACGUGAUAAGUCUACAGGAUGGAUCCUUUCACAACCGGCGGAACUCAAGGGAAAGAAAUUCCAGGCAACACGCAUGCUACACCCAUCCCAUCUGUCGUUCCCGAGUCUCAGAAUUUCAUACCCAUCGCAUUGGGGAACCCCUUUCAAAAUGUUCCUAAAAUGAACACAGCGUCAUCGCCAGGCCAUGGUGGAAAAAUAAUGGAGAACAUUUUAGAAAGGGUGUCCAAAUAUAAUCCGUCAACCGUAUCCCCCCUAAGGCGAAGACCGAAGAAAGAUGCGGGAUAUUUUAAGAAAACGCCAAGAUACUAUUUUCCUGAAAGACCCGACCUGAAACCUAGCAUACUAGAGAGGGAAGGUCCAAUUAAGUUUAUUCCAGCUGGAGAAGGAAAUCAGCCAGAACAGGAUGAUCAGAUGCAGCAGCCUCCUCAAGGGAUCAUUACUCAUCUUCAAUCAGGUCAUAGUCAGUCGUCAACUAACAUGGAACUUGUCCCUCGGAAACCAGGCAAACAAUCAAAGAAACGGGCACUUGAUAUGACUGGUGACCCGGAAGUUUACAAAAAGUUGAAAAUUACUCCUCAGAAGCCUGCAACUGCACUGUUGAACGAAAUAAGUCCGAACCUUGAUUUUAUCUAUGAGGAUGUAAAAGAGAGUCUGGCAAAUCCUAAGUUUCUUUGCAAAGUCAAAUUUCCGCUUGGUGAAACUGGUCAAGAGUACAUUGGCGUAGGUCGAUCAAAAAAGCUGGCAAAGUUAAAUGCAUCUGAAAACAUACUAAGGAGCCUUGGAACUGACAUUCCACCCGUAGAUGAGACAAUGGAAAUUGAACCUGCCAAGUCGAACAUAAUGAAUACCAUAACUACUCCAAUGAUCAACUAUUUAGCUCCUAACUUUAUUGAUCUACCAUUUAUUCCAUCGACACAGGACUUUACAAAAGACGAAGAUGUUGAAAUGUUUUCCUCCGAAUUUUGUGUCAAGAAUUUGAACCCUCAAGCGAUUGAACUUCCGUCGUUGAAACGACUUAAAAAUAUACCAGAUUUUGAAAACAAUUCCCUAUGUGCUCUUAAUACAUUUAUCGGACCAGAAGCGGUUGAAUUUGAAGAAAUUAGCCAAGAUGGACCACCUCAUAAUAAGAAAUUUGUUCUAAAACUAUGUCUCAAGACAGGAAUGACAUUCAUUGGAACUGGUGGUAGUAAGAAGAGAGCCAAACAACAUGCUGCAAAACAAGCAUUGAUUGCAUUAAUUGGAUCCAACGUCUAUCAGCUUUUGAUAUUAGAAUCACAUGGAAAAACAAAUCAAAAACCGCAACAGCAGCAGCAACAACAGACGAUGGAAUGUUUAAAAGACACGCCAGAAAAAUUGAUUCCAGCGCACUUUAUUAAUGAAGACCUUAUCAAUGCCAGUGAAUAUGAUCUAACUUUCAGUGAUUACAUUGCCAGGAUAGUCAAUGAAAAAUACGAAGAUAUCAUGGCAAAUCAUCAAGACUAUAUUUCACAAAAGGUUCUUGCCGGAAUUGUUAUGACUCGCAGCAAUCCCAUGAUAGAAAAUGGAGAAGUUAUCGCUGUUACGACUGGGACAAAAUGCGUUGAAGGGGAUUUUAUGUCAACCGAUGGACUUGCAAUAAAUGACUGUCACGCAGAAAUACUUGCAACAAGAUGCCUUCGAGACUUUCUCUAUUCAGAAGUGGAGAAUAUUGGUUGUUCAACGACUGACGAAGAAUUUGAGGAAUCCAUUUUAAAAGAGGUCAAAUCCGAUACUGGGGAAGUAUUUUAUAUGGUGAAGGAGAAUGUGAAGUUCCAUCUGUAUAUAAGUACUUCUCCUUGUGGCGAUGCAAGAAUUUUUUCGCCAAAAGGAUUGGAGGCAACAGACGAAGAAAUAGAGCCAACUGACGAUCUGCAGGAUUCUCACCCUACAAGACGAAAUCGUGGAGUUUUAAGAGCUAAGGUUGAAGCUGGGGAAGGUACCAUACCUGUUGCAAAUUUACUUACAGGGCCACAAACGUUUGACUCCAUUGUCCAGGGAAAUGCACUUUUCACCAUGUCAUGUUCAGACAAAUUAUGUCGGUGGAACGUGAUUGGCAUACAGGGGGCUUUAUUGUCAAACCUGAUGUUUCCAGUGUAUUAUUCUAGUGUUAUCCUUGGGAGCCUCCAUCAUCCUGUUCAUUUUAAAAGAGCGCUUUUAGGAAGGAUUGAAUCCUUAGCUGGGAAGAUUCCUCUUCCAUUUAAAAUAAAUCGUGCGCACUUAUUGAUGGUUAGUCAUCAGGAAAAACGAGUUGUCAAAAAGAGUCCAAAUCAUGCAAUUUGUUGGACGUAUGGCUGGUCAACGCCAGAAAUUCUUACUGCGUCCAAGGGUCGUUGUGAGCCUGGAGGGAUAGUAUCUCGUUUGGCCAAAAGAAUGUCUUUUAUCAGAUUUCUGACCUUGUAUAGAAACCAGUGGGGCCGGAGAGACGGAUUUGUAAAUCUUAAUUACAAAGAAGCAAAACUUAUGGCUGGGGAAUACCAGAAAGCGAAAGAUGCAUUUCAAGCUCAUAUGAAAGAUACCAAUUAUGGCACUUGGAUUUCCAAACCAGUUGAAAUAGACUCUUUUGGCAUUGAAAAAUAAGCGGUUGAUGAUGCUUUGUCUGUAGCAGCAUGUUUCAAAAAUUGUGUUUUAGCAUCUGAAAAAAGUCGCAUCCAUAUUAGUACGACUGAUUUAUUUUAAGAUUUUAAAAAGUGUAUUAUUUAUAUUUAUUACAACUUGAUACGACCUUGUCAAGUCUGCGAAUGUUUUUACUUGUUUGUUUAUUUAUUGUUAAAAUAUAUGACGACUUGUAAGUAAAAAUCUCAAAGAGUUUAAGACGUUAAUAAAAAUUUGUGCAAAAGAAA